AUGCAAGGUUUCAAUAUGGGACGUUACGUCCCGCCAGAGCACGAGGGCACUACCUCCGCCAACAAGCUCGCCGGCAAGCAUGCCCUCGGCUCCCGUGCACGCAAAGCCAAUCAAGGCAUCCUCACAGUGCGUUUCGAAAUGCCCUUCCCAAUCUGGUGCACCACCUGUCCCAAACCCACUAUCAUCGGUCAAGGCGUCCGCUUCAACGCCGAGAAGAAAAAAGUGGGCAAUUAUCAUACUACGCCAAUUUUCAGCUUCCGCAUGAAGCAUGUGGCAUGCGGGGGAUGGAUUGAGAUUAGGACCGAUCCGAUGAACACAGCUUAUGUGGUUACGGAGGGGGCGAAGAAGAGGGAUACGGGGGAGGAUAAAUUUCAAGAGGGUGAAAUCAAGAUAACGACAGAGGAAGAGAGAGCGAGAUUGGAAGGCGAUGCAUUUGCCAGAUUAGAGGGGAAGGUGGAGGAUACGCAAAGGACGGUCAGUGACAAGAGCAGGAUUGAAGAGCUGUACAAUGCUAAGGGUAGGGAUUGGGAUGAUCCGGGGGAGGCGAAUAAAAGGUUGAGGAAGGGUUUUAGAGUCGGAAGGAAGGAAAGGGAGAAAAAUGGGAAGGCAACAGAAUCAUUGAAAGAUAGGAUGAGUCUUGGGAUGGAUCUACUGGAAGAGACGGAGGACGACAGGAAAAGAGCUGGGUUCGUGGAAUUCGGAGAAGCUGGAGGUGAGGGGGCUAUCGCCAAGGCCAAGUCGAGACCGCUUUUCGCAGAUAUCCGAACAUUGGACAAGCCUUUGGCGAAAAAAAUCAAGACGACGAAGACUGUAUUGGAAGCGGAGAAAAGGAGGGAUAUUCUACGCAAGGAGCUGGCUGAUAACACCAGAGUAUCCCUGGACCCGUUCUUGAGUAUGGACAAACCCAAUGUGCAGGCCUUGGGUGGGGUCCCACUGAUCCAAAGGAAACGGAAGGUUGAGGACCGAAGAACAUUCUCAAAAUCUAACGAUCCCGUUGACGUUACAAGACCACCAGCUUUAGUGGAGUACGACUCGGAGUAG